AUGCCGCCUAUGAGCUGCCUCUCCUCCGCCGCACUCCCCCGCCUCUUCCCCCGCCGCUCCCAUUUUUCCCACCACCGCCGCCGCCUUCUCCACUCGGCUAUAGAGUACCCCCUCACGCACCCAAUCUACACAAUCUGGGCCGCCAACACCUCCCUCGGUAAAACCCUAGUCUCAGCCGGCCUUUCGAUGUCCUUCCUCUCCUCCUCCUCCUCCUCGGCGGCGCCGCCGCCUACCAAGAAGAGAUUUCUGUAUCUCAAGCCAGUUCAAACUGGGUUUCCUGCCGACUCGGACUCUGGCUUUGUUUACAGGAAAUUCUCCCAGUUUUUCGCUCUCAAGCCGCUGCCCUUCUCCGUCUACGCAUCGAAUUGUGUUCUGAAAGCCUCUGUUUCAGCUGCAAACCAAAUCUUAGGCAGUAGCAGCUCGGGGGGCUCUAGGAACGGCGAUUUCGGGAGUGAGUUUGUUGGAAAAAGCGAUGGAUUACAGAACGUGCACUGGUAUGAAGAGAGGAAGUUGCAAGGGAGUGAGAGUAAUGGUGAAGCAGAGCUGUUUCCGGUGUCUGAGGUUGUUUGCAAGACUAUGUAUGGGUGGAAAGAGGCCGUGUCGCCUCAUUUAGCUGCUGAGAAAGAAGAUGCCAUGGUCGAGGACUCAGAGGUCUUAGAUAUGCUUAAGAGAUGCUUAGGAAGUGGCCUAGAUGGUACUAGAGAAAACGUGGAUAUUAUGUGUGUGAUCGAGACUGCAGGCGGAAUAGCCAGUCCUGGGCCGUCCGGGUCUCUUCAGUGUGACUUAUAUCGCCCUUUCCGCCUGCCAGCUAUUCUUGUGGGGGAUGGAAGAUUAGGUGGUAUUUCUGGAACUAUCUCUGCUUACGAAAGUCUAAAGCUACGAGGAUAUGACGUUGCUGCUGUUAUUUUUGAGGAUCAUGGUUUAAAAAAUGAGUUGCCACUAUUAUCAUACUUCCGAAAUAGGAUACCAGUACUCGUGCUUCCGCCUAUUCCAAAAGAUAUAUCUGAUGACCUGAUGUCCUGGUUUAACAAAUCUCAGACAAUUUUCACUUCGCUCCAAGAGAUAAUACUUUCAGCUUUUCAGGAAAGGACCCAGAGAUUGCAUGCUAUGCCAGGAAAGGCAUGUGACGUCUUCUGGUGGCCAUUCACUCAGCACAAGCUCAUACCUGAAGAAAAGGUUACUGUUAUAGACUCGCGCUGUGGGGAGAACUUUGCGGUUCACAAGAGCUGCAAUUGGAUUUCUCCACAGUUUGAUGCAUGUGCAAGUUGGUGGACUCAGGGCCCUGAUGCUAACUUGCAGAUUGAACUUGCUAGAGAUAUGGGAUAUACUGCUGCAAGAUAUGGACAUGUAAUGUUCCCAGAGAAUGUAUAUGAGCCAGCUCUUGAAUUAGCUGAACUUCUUCUGUCUGGUGUAGGAAAAGGAUGGGCUUCCAGAGUCUACUUCUCUGAUAAUGGAUCUACCGCAGUAGAAAUAGCUCUCAAAAUGGCCUUCCGCAAGUUCUUGUCUGACAAUAACCUUUUGAUUCCGAAUGUGGAUGGAAAAUGCAUGGAUCUCAAGGUUCUGGCUCUGAGGGGAUCUUAUCAUGGCGAUACACUGGGUGCCAUGGAGGCACAGGCCCCUUCACCUUAUACUGGCAUUCUCCAGCAACCCUGGUACAGGGGAAGAGGUCUCUUUCUAGAUCCACCAACAGUUUCCAUACAAAAUGGUUCCUGGGAGGUUUCUCUCCCUGAGAAGAUGCAAUUUGACAAAUUUGAGCAUGCAUGCCUGUCUUUCACCUCGCAUGAUGAAAUUUUCAAGAGCAGCCGAAAUGGUUCAGAUGUUGCAACCCUUUACACAUCAUUUAUAUCACACGAGUUGCAGUUGUAUUCAGAUUCUACUGGUCUUUCCCACGUUGGAGCUUUGAUUAUUGAGCCAGUGGUACAGGGUGCUGGUGGAAUGGAAAUGAUCGAUCCACUGUAUCAGCGCAUACUUGUGAGGGAAUGCAAAAGUCGUAAAAUUCCUGUUAUAUUCGAUGAAGUCUUUACAGGAUUCUGGCGCCUUGGACGAGAGUCUGCAGCAGAAAUACUCGGCUGCCAGCCGGAUAUUGCCUGUUAUGCUAAGCUGAUGACUGGUGGCAUCAUACCCUUGGCUGCUACAUUGGCACCCAAUAAUGUUUUUGAUGCGUUCACUGGAGAUUCUAAGCUAAAGGCUCUUUUGCAUGGGCAUUCAUAUUCUGCACAUGCUUUGGGAUGUGCUGCUGCUGUAAAGUCUGUGAAAUGGUUUAAGGACCAUAAGACAAACGCAAAUAUAAUACCCGACUCAAGUACGCUGAAGGAGUUAUGGGAUGCAGAGCUAGUGUUCCAGAUCUCAUUACUUCCGGCAGUUAGUAGAGUUGUGGCCCUAGGAACUCUUUGUGCCAUUGAACUUGUAGCUGAAGGCUCUAAUGCUGGGUAUGGUUCGACUUACCCCAGCUCCCUCGUAAAGAAGCUCCGUGAAGAUGGUGUUUACAUGAGGCCACUGGGUAACGUCAUUUAUGCCAUGUGUGGGCCGUGCACUUCUCCAGACACCUGCCGUCUUCUUCUGCAGAAAAUUCGUGCCAGAAUUCAGGAGUUUGGUCAACAGGAAAGUGAUAAAUCUGCAGUUUUCACACCUUGA